AUGUCUCUGCUCUCCAUGUUCUCGAGGAAUACACCCGUCGUAGUGACGCAAGCCGAGCACGACGAGCUGCUGAAUAUGAAGGUGGAGGAGGCGCUGUUCCCAGCCGGCUCUCCGAACAGCAAGGACACGUUCUCGCCCGCCGCGUACAAGAACCUGCAACAGCAAGCCACGGGUCUGUUGACUAAGAUGCAGAACGCUUACCGCCAAAAGGCACAGGCGCUCUCCGAGCUUGAGAAGGAGAGGGAGGCCGACAGGGACGAGCUGGAGGAGGCCGAGACGCGGGCCACGCACCUGAAGUUCCAACUCGAAGACAUGGCGCACAAGGCGAACGAGCAGGAGCGCCACAUGAAGCAGCUGAUGGAGGAGCUCGCCGCGGAGCGACGCGCCAGGGCCGACGACCAGUCCAUGCUCAAGCGGCUCCCGACGGGGCUCCAGUCCGAGGCGGGCAGCACGAUAUCGGAGGACCUGGGCGUUGACGACGCCGACGAGAUGCAGAAGCGCAAGUGGCGCAAGAGCAACGGCACCGACGUCAGCUUCGAGACGGACGACGACAGCAUCAGCUUCGGGGAGGGCGAGAGCGUCUUCUCGCGCCCACGCAGCCCCUCGGCCUCCACCUUCACCACCACUCGCGGCGGCGCCGACACCGGCAGUGUGAUUGACAUGCCACUGCCCACGCCGACGUCCACCCGCGGCAACGUUAGGUCGUCGGUGGCCUCGUCCAACCGCAAGAGUACCUCGCAGAUGAGCACGUUCCAGAAGCUGAUGAAGGGCAUCUCGGGCGACGACGGCUGCCGGAACUGCAAGGGCCAGGACGCGAGCGUUGCCUGGGACACGGUCGGCCUGCUGAGGGACGAGAACAAGACCCUCAAGUCGCGGGUCGGCGAGCUGGAGGACUGCCUCGAGGGCGCGCUGGAUGCGGUCAACGGUAUCGUCUUAUGA